CUAAAUUGAUUGAAACCUUGCUUGUUUUCUCCCUUUUCAGAGCACAGAUUUGCAUUACUUGAUAUCUGAACAUAAAAGGAAAAUCAGAGUGUUGUCCUUAUUUGAUGGCAUAGGAACUGGGAAAGUAGCAUUAGAUAUGCUUGGAUUAGACAUGGAAGUUUAUUAUGCCUCGGAGAUUGAUGAACAUGCUAGACUUGUGUCAAGCCUUCACCAUGAAGUGAAACAUGUAGGCAAUGUCUUGAACUUAGAUUUACAAAGACUGAAAAAGAUUUGUCCCAUUGACCUGGUGCUUGGUGGACCACCUUGUAAUGACUUGUCUAUUGUUAAUCCAAGGAGAAAAGGAUUUGAUGGAACUGGUAAAUUAGUAUGGACUUUUGCAGCAAUUGUCAAAGAUAUUGAAAGGAUUUGUGAAGGGUAUAAUCAUGUGUUCUGGCUAAUGGAGAAUACAGCUGCCAUGCCAAAAGUAUACAAGCAGGAGAUAAAUGAGAAAUUGGGGAUGGAACCGGCGAAAUGGGAUGCCAAACACUUUUCUGGUCAGAGACGAGCACGAAACUUCUGGGGAAACAUUCCAGGAAUGUUCACUCAGCCAGAGUUAAAUAAACUUUUGGAAAGUGAAAAGAAAGAUCUUAGCCAUGCAGUAUAUAAAUGUGGAAGAUUGGCACGGAUACCCCAUUCCAGAACCAUUACCACCAGUGCUAACUCACUAACAAUUACAAACGGGAAAAACGACCAUCUUGUUUUAAUGGAUGGGGUACCUGUUCCAAUUUGGAUACCAGAAAUUGAAAGAUUAUUUGGCUUUCAUGACCACUACACCGAUGCAGGAUUAUUUUUAGAUAAGGAAAGACAGGCCCUACUGGGCAGAAGUUGGUGUGUUGAUGUCAUCAAACAAUUGUUGUCUCCCUUAAGGAGUUAUUUCAAGGUGAAGCAGACAUAAAAUUAUGUCUCACAAAAAUUUUUUGUGACAAAAACCCUUCUAGUUUCCUAUAGGCCACUGCGAGUAAUUCAUACUGAUAAAGUAACAUUAAAUGAAUAAGUAAAAAUAUGUUGCCGUUGG